AUGGCCACUGCUUCUUCUUCCUCUUCGGCCUCCGGCUCACGGAAUCAGUCCUCUUACCAAAAGGUCUUGCAAACCAACACCAUCAAUCCCCAUGUCCUCAACGUCGAGUACGCCGUGCGCGGCGCUCUGUCCAACAAGGCCGAUGAAUUCGCCGAUAUCCUCGCCCACGGCAAGGCCAAGGAGCAGGGCCUCCCCUUUGACUCGAUCAUCUCGGCGAACAUCGGCAACCCGCAGCAACAGCCCUUCCUCGCUCAGAAGCCUCUCACCUUUUGGCGCCAGGUGGCUGCUCUCACUGAGCUCCCUUCGCUUAUGCAAGACGAGGUGGUGCGCUCUCACUUCCCUCGCGAUGCAGUAGAGCGAGCUCAGCAGAUCCUCGACGAUGUAGGCUCAGUCGGGGCGUACUCACAUUCCAAGGGCGCCGCAAUCGUGCGCAAGCAUAUCAAGGAGUACAUUGAGGAGCGCGAUGGCGGCCACCACUCAGACGCCGAGCACAUCUACCUCACGGCGGGUGCCUCGGGAGGCGUAGGGCAGGUCAUGUCCGUCCUCAUCUCUGGACCCAAAGACGGCGUAAUGAUCCCGAUCCCGCAGUACCCACUCUACUCUGCCACUUUAUCGCUCUACGACGCCACACCCGUUCCGUACCACCUCGACGCAGAAAAGGACUGGGCGGUAGAUGUCGAAGGCAUGGCUCGCGCAGUAGACGAGGCUCGCAGCAAUGGGACAGACGUACGAUCGUGCGUCAUCAUCAAUCCUGGUAACCCAACUGGUUCCACCUUGACACUUGAGAAUAUCCAAGGCAUCAUUCGCCUCGCUCACGAGAAGCGACUCGUCCUCCUCGCGGACGAAGUCUACCAGGCCAACAUCUUCCAACCAAAGGAACGUCCCUUCCAUUCGUUCAAAAAGGUCCUCAAGGACUUCUCCAAGAGCUCUGAUCCCGCCGAGCGCGCCAUUGCCGACGACGUCGAGCUGGUCAGCUUUCACUCCAUCUCCAAGGGCGUGAGCGGCGAGUGCGGCAGGCGCGGCGGCUACUUCGAGCUGUGCAACAUUGACCCGGAUGUGGAGGCGCAAAUCUACAAGAUGGCCAGCGUCAACCUUUGCGCCUCACUGCAGGGACAAGUCGGCGUGGACCUCCUCGUGAAGCCGCCAAAGGAAGGCGACGAGUCCUACCCACUGUACCGCGACGAGGUGCAGGCGAUUUACGACACGCUCAAGUCGCGCUCGGAGAAGAUGCGAGAUGCCUUUGCCAAUCUGCCCGGCGUCAGCUGUGGUGAGGCUCAGGGGGCGCUCUACCUCUUUCCGGAGGUGUCUGACCUGCCGCAAAAGGCGCUCAAGGACGCGGAGAAGAAAGGGCAGAAGAUCGAUCUCUGGUACUGCUUCCAGCUCCUCGAGGCGACGGGCAUCUGCUGUGUCCCUGGUUCUGGGUUUGGCAAGCAGCCCAACGACAAGACUGGAUCGUUCUGGUUCAGGACGACGAUCUUGGCAAAGGAAACGGAUGAGUUUGUGGAGAGGUUCGGACGCUUCCACCGAGAGUUGCUGGACAAGUGGGCGUAA